CGGCAAGGUUGAAAUGGCCGCCGGGCAGGUGGGAGACGCCGCGCAUGCGCACCAGGGAAAGGCGUUUCGCUCGCUCUCCGGCGCGUAGGGGUUAUGGAGGCGGAAGUUUCGCCCAGCUUCAUUCGCUCCCACCUUCGUCAAAAUGGCGGCGUCGACGGCUCUGAAGGGCCUGCUGGUCCCGCACGUCCUCCCGGAGAACUGCUACGACGAGCUCUUCCUCAGCCUCAACCUUUUGCACAGUGAGUCGCGCGCUCUUCGACGCCCUUUUUUGUCCUGUCGGGGACCCGUCACGUCGUCGCCGUAGCAACGCCUGGCCUGGCGGAAGUGUCCUGUGGGGGGCGACUAGGCGCCAUUUUGGUGACGGGCGAAAUUUUACCCCGGUGGCCAUUUUGGUAGAGGGCGGAAGUGGCCGUCGGCUCCGUUUCCGGGCCUCGUGUCGUCUCUCACCUUGCAGCCGGGCGGAAGUACCACGAGAUUUUUAAUUUUAUUAUCAUUUAGCCCUAGAAUUACAAAUGAAACUAUCGUUUGGGGGGCAGAAAAGCUUGUUUUUUUUUUAAAAAAGCUUUCAAUAUGAAGAUGCUGUGUUUCGUCUCUUAAAAAGGGUCAUGGACGAAGCACAGUGAAGGCUCUCGGCGCCAUGUUGGUUUUGGGCACGAAGUUCAUAUGGCAGCCAAGGAUCUUUUAAGCCCCGCCCCUUUCCCCUCAAGCAGGGCUGUCAUUGGCUAGGCGCCUGUCAGGUAGACUUCUAGCAGGUGAAGCGUUUCCCAGCGUACUGAGGAAGUGAUGGGGGAAACCUCACCGGUGGAAUGUCUGCCUGCCAUGCAGAAAGCAAGGCUGCUGCUGCUCCCUCAUGGAGCUUUCUGCUAAGUGCAGAAAUUUGAAUUUAUCUCCCGCAUCACAGGAGUAUUGUAAAAGAAAAAAAGCAAAAAAGCAUCACUGCUAGCAAUUAAUUAUGUUUUGUAUCCUUUUGUCUCUCUCCCCUUGUUCUUUCAGUUCCAUGCCUCAAAAUCUUCAUCAGCAAGGGCCUCGGAUUCGCCAUCGUGGCUGGUUCCCUCAUGGGUACGGACACCGACACUUCCCAGUCAGAUAAUCUGACUUUUAAUAUAAACUAUAUUACUUUUAAUAUAAACUUUUAAUAUAAACUAUACCAGCGUGGUGUAGUGGUUAAGAGCGGUAGUCUCGUAAUCUGGGGAACCGGGUUCGAGUCUCCGCUCCUCCACCUGCAGCUGCUGGGUGACCUUGGGCCAGUCGCACUUCUUGAAGUCUCUCAGCACCACUCACCUCACAGAGUGUUUGUUGUUGGGGAGGAAGGGAAAGGAGAAUGUUAGCCACAUUGAGACUCCUUAAAGGGAGUGAAAGGCGGGAUAUCAAAUCCAAACUCUUCUUCUUCUUCUAUAAGGUAUUUUAAAAAGGUUUUUCUGUUUGGUUUUGUGCAUGUGUAUUCUCUAUGGAAUAUAUAUAUAUUUGUGUGCGUGUGUCGUUUUGACUUACAUUGGUAAGAAAAACCCCCAAUAAGUUUAAUAAAUAGUACUUAUAAUAAUAAUUAUGAGAAUAAUAAUAAAAGAAGACUGAGAGGUGAGAUAGGUAGGUACGUAGGUAGGUAGACAGAUAGAUAGAUAGAUAGAUAGAUAGAAUUUAUGUACUGCCCUAUACCCAGAGGUCUCAGGGCGGUUCACAGGACAACAUCAACAUAAAAACCGCAAUAUUUUAUAUAUAUAUAUAUAUAUAUAUAUAUAUAUAUAUAUACACACACACACAUAUACACACACAUAUAAAACACCGUAUUUUUCGCCCCAUAGGACGCACCGGCCCAUAGGACGCACCAAGUUUUUUGGGGGGGAAAUAAAGGGGGGGGAAUUAUUUUUCCCCCCCCCAGGCGCUUGCGGGGCUGGCGGCGGGGAGAAGCACGCGUCUCCCCGCCGUCAGCCUCCAAACCACAUCGGGAGACAGCAGGGUGGCAGCGUUCCGCCUCCCCGCUGUCCCCCGACCUUGUGGGGCUGGUGCUGGGGCUCUCUAGGCUUCAGCGAAAGCCUGCAUUCGCCCCAUAGGACGCACACACAUUUCCCCUUCAUUUUUGGAGGGGGAAAAAGUGCGUCCUAUAGGGCGAAAAAUACGGUAAAAAUAAAAACAACAACCCAAUAACACACACACACACACCAUCCCCUCUCUGUCUCCUGUUCUCUGGCCUAAACACCUCCCGCUUCUCCAUAUCCUUCUUAAAUUAUGGCACCCAGAAUUGGACACAGGUCUGACCGAGGCAGAAUAGAGCGGGACUCUGACUACUUCUUCCUCCCUCUUUCUGCAGUGAAGCUGCCCCAGAUCUUCAAGAUCCUGGGGGCCAAGAGCGCUGAGGGGCUGAGCUUCCAUUCCAUCCUCCUGGAGCUGCUUGCCAUCACCGGCACCAUGGCCUACAGCAUCGCCAACGCUUUUCCGUUCAGGUAUGGGCAGCGCCCGAGGCCUUUCUGUAGCUGCGAUUGAAAACCCACCAGACAGCCACAAAGUCCAAUGAGUCUGCUUCCCCUCUGAGAACCGAUGGGUCAGUUUCUCCUUCGUUGCUGUAUAUAAGGUUUUUUUUUAACAAAACCAGUUCAUAACAGAGAACAUAGAAACAUCCUACCCCAUCCUUCAGCCACGACUGAAACGGGCAGCUCUCAGGAAGUGAGUUAUCCGUGUCUUGCUGCUAGGUAAUUUGGAGUCCUCUCAAGCUAAGCAACAACCUGAGGUCCACGCAGACCUUUCAACGGGCGACGGUGCCGAGUUCGAAUCCCAACAUUUGUUUUCACGCGCGCACAAUCCCACUAGUUACAGGAGCGUGGGGCCACCUCCUGCUCUGUUAACAGCCACCUGAUCUGCAGAGGUCUAAUCCUCUGCCGGAACGAUGUCGCCAGCCGAUCCCCAGAGCUGCAGUUUUAAAGGCUUAAGGGCUGAUUCCUAAAUCCUGCCUUUUUGGGGAGGGUGGGGCGUUGUCAGUGCUCACGUUUCUGAUCCUCUCACACCCAUUUCACUCCUCUUUGCUGUUGGUGGUGGAAAGAAAACAAUGCCUUGAAGGAGGGAGCUGUUGUUGUUGUUGAGUCGUUUAGUCGUGUCCGACUCUUCGUGGCCCCCUGGACCAGAGCACGCCAGGCACUCCUGUCUUCCACUGCCUCCCGCAGUUUGGUCAAACUCAUGCUGGUAGCUUCGAGAACACUGUCCCACCAUCUCAUCCUCCGUCGUCCCCUUCUCCUUGUGCCCUCCAUCUUUCCCAACAUCAGGGUCUUUUCCAGGGAGUCUCUCUUCUCAUGAGGUGGCCAAAGUACUGGAGCCUCAGCUUCAGGAUCUGUCCUUCCAGUGAGCACUCAGGGCUGAUUUCCUUCAGAAUGGAGAGGUUUGAUCUUCCUCCAGUCCAUGGGACUCUCAAGAGUCUCCUCCAGCACCAGAAUUCAAAAGCAUCCAUUCUUCAGCGAUCAGCCUUCUUUAUGGUCCAGCUCUCACUUCCAUACAUCACUACUGGGAAAACCAUGGCUUUAACUAAACGGACCUUUGUUGGCAAGGUGAUGUCUCUGCUUUUUAAGAUGCUGUCUAGGUUUGUCAUUGCUUUUCUCCCAAGGAGCAGGCGUCUCUUAAUUUCGUGGCUGCUGUCACCAUCUGCAGUGAUCAUGGAUCCCAAGAAAGUAAAAUCUCUCACUGCCUCCAUUUCUUCCCCUUCUAUUUGCCAGGAGGUGAUGGGCUCAGUGGCCAUGAUUUUAUUUUUUUUGCUGUUAAGCUUCAAACCAUUCCAGGCAGGUAACAGGGAGCUGGAAAAAGAAUUUGGAUCAAAAGAUUUCAUUUCUCCCCUAACACAUCUCUCUUUUUAUCUCUCUUUCCUCCCCCCGACCCAAACAACAGCUCGUGGGGUGAGGCUUUCUUCCUCAUGUUGCAAACCGUGGCCAUCGGAUUCCUGGUCCAGCAUUUUGGGGGCCACACGGGACGAGGUGAGUGUGGAACCAGAGUCUAGAGUACAUUUAAUUGAAUCAUAGUUGCAAGGGGUUCCUGGGGUCAUCUCGUCCAACCCCCUGCAAGGCAGGAAUAUGCAGCUGUCCCACGCAGGGAUUGAACCUGCAACCUUGGCGUUAUCAGCAGCGCCAACUGAGCUAUCCUGCGUUCAAGAGCUAUUAACCAAAGCGGCCAAGCAGAAACUCCAUGUUCGGAGACAGCAAACCGCAGCGACGUUUAUAGGCUUUGAGGGUUAUUUGGCUGUCCCCUGUCGGAGGCAGGAAGCUGGGCUAAGGCCAAACUUUGCAUCCUUUAAGCCCUGGUGCUCGGCAGCCCUGGAUCCCAACCAGACCGAGCUUUGGGCUUUCAGCUAGGCCCUCCCCGCACCCCGAAUCCACCUUCUUCCUUCCCGUUCAUGAGCCGCAACGAGAACCGAAGCCUCGCUUCGGCCAACGCUGUGGAUCCUGCUGAGCUAUCCACAGGAAUUUUGGGAAUUCUAAAUGCACGCUAUAUGUGUAGCACGUACGUUUAGCCCCUUGUGCCUUGUUUUGAUUCCGUAAGCUGGAUGGGAGAGACAACGCAAUAGAAUUUUUAUAAAAUUAUGCCUGGCAUGAAGAAAGCUUUUCCUCCCUCUCUCAUAACACUCAAAGGCCGUAGACACCCAAGAAGCUGGAAUGUUGACAGGACAAAUAAAUCUUCUCUUAUUCGUGCAGCACAUAGUUAAACUGUGGAACUCCUUCCUGCAGGAAGCAGCCGCGAUGGCCACCAACUUGGAAGGCUUUAAAAGGGGAUUGGACAAAUCCAGUGAGGAAGAGAGGCUGCUAUCGAUGGCUACUAGGCAACACGAUGACCAUACGCAAUAGACAAUCUUUAUAGAAUUCCUUCAAACCAUAACAAGUACAAAAUGAAUUCUUUAGUCUCAAAGUCUCUGAAAAUCUUUAAAUGAAGCGAGGUCCCAGACUUUGUACGAUGAAAGACAAGCUGUGAAGCUUUGUGUGUUCGGCAAAUAAGAUGUCCAACGCUGAACAGUGAUUCCGGAUAUAGACCACUGUUUCAUAGAAUUCUUCAUCGGCGUGGUGGAAUGAUAUAUAAUUGCUUCAUAAACUAAACAAAAAUUGUAAACGAAAAUACAAACAGUAAUGAAAAAGAGUUCAUUACUGUUUGUAUUAUAGUUUAAAAUUUUUGUAAAGUGAUUUUUGUAUACAGGUCAUCGUCUGUAAAAUUUUAUUUUCAGUUUAUGAAGCAAUUACCGUAUUUUUCACCCUAUAGGACGCACUUUUCCCCCUCCAAAAAUGAAGGGGAAAUGUGUGUGCGUCCUAUGGAGCGAAUGCAGGCUUUCGCUGAAGCCUGGAGAGCGAGAGGGGUCGGUGCGCACUCACCCCUCUCACUCUCCAGGCUUCAGGAAGCUAUCCGCAUGCCUUCAGGAACUCCCGCCGGGCUCCGCAGGCUUGCGGAUAGCUGCCUGCAGCCCGAAGCGUGGGGAGCGCGGCACUGCGCACCCCGGGCUUUGGGCAGCUAUCCACAAGCCUUCGGAGCCUGGUGGGAGUUCCCGCCAGGCUCAGAAGGCUUGUGGAUAGCAGGCAGCAUCCCAAAGCUGUUCUAGCUUCGGGAUGGCUGCGCAAAGCCUCCGCAGGGCGGCGUGGUGAAGGCACCCUGCCGCCCUGCGGAGGCUUGAAAGGCUGUCCCCAAAGCCAAAACAGUGAGACGGGGCACUGCACAGCCGUCCAUCUCGCUGUUCUAGCUUCGGGAUGGCUGCACUCCAAAGGCUUCCGGGAUCUUUGAGGUUGGCGGUGGGGGGAAACAGCGCUUCCCCCCACCGCCAGCCCCACAAGCUCGGGGGGCAGCGGCAAGGCCUGCUCUUGAACGCACCUUGAACGCACCUUGUUUUUAAGGGGGAGAGCAAGUAAAAAAAAUUUUUUCCCUGUUCUCCCCCUCCUAUGGUCCAGUGCGUCCUAUAGAGCGAAAAAUACGGUAUAUAUCAUCCCUCCUUAUAUUCUUAAGCCAGGUUGCGGGGCUGCCUUCGUGACACAACGCCUCUUGUUUCAACCCCUAGGUGUGACCUUCCUGCUCGUCUACUUCGGAGUCCUGGCCCUCCUGCUCUCCUCACUCACACCCGUGGGGGUCGUGACGGCGCUCCAGGCGUUCAACAUGCCCGCCGUCAUAACAAGCAGGGUAAGGGGCACCCGGGCGUGUGGGCAUCGGAGAAACUCUGCCCCAUAGGCGGGCCCGCUUGCCUGAGUCUCAAACUCCUCAGCGCCCCUUAGACCUCUCGUUCCUCCAAAGACUGCCAACCCGUCUGAUGUUUUGUGCUGUUUUGGGGAGCAAAAGGGACGCAGGUGGUGCUGUGGGUUAAACCACGGAACCUAGGGCUUGCCGAUCAGAAGGUUGGUGGUUCGAAUCCCUGCGACGGGGUGAGCUCCUGUUGCUUGGUCCCUGCUCCUGCCAACCUAGCAGUUCGAAAGCACGUCCAAGUGCAAGUAGAUCAAUAGGUACCACUCUGGCGGGAAGGUAAAUGGCGUUUCCGUGCGCUGCUCUGGUUCGCCAGAAGCGGCUUAGUCCUGCUGGCCACAUGACCCGGAAGCUGUACGCCGGCUCCCUCGGCCAAUAAAGCGAGAUGAGCGCCGCAACCCCAGAGUCGACCACGACUGGACCUAAUGGUCAGGGGUCCCUUUACCUUUACCUUUGGGAGCUAAGUGGGUGCUACUGCCCUGGGGGUGGGGUCGCUAAGAGGCAAGAGGUGUGUGCGCUGGAGUUGGCUCCCCAAAAGCACACCAAUCUCAGAGAUCAUCAGGAGGUUUGGGCUGGGUGUUCAUCAAUAUGCGGAUGAUACCCAGCUCUACCUCUCUUUCAAAUCGGAACCAAUGAAGGUCCUGUGUGAGUGUCUGGAGGUGGUUGGAGGAUGGAUGGCUGCUAACAGAUUGAGGUUGAACCCUGACAAGACAGAAGUACUUUUUUGGGGGGACAGGGGGCAGGCAGGUGUGGGGGACUCCCUGGUCCUGAAUGGGGCAACUGUGCCCCUGAAGGACCAGGUGCGCAGCCUGGGGGUCAUUUUGGACUCACCGCUGUCCAUGGAGGUGCAGGUCAGUUCUGUGUCCAGGGCAGCUGUCUCCCAGCUCCAUCUGGUACGCAGGAUGAGACCCUCCCUGCCCACGGACUGUCUUGCCAGAGUGGCGCAUGCUCUAGUUAUCUCCCGCUUGGACUACUGCAAUGCGCUCUACAUGGGGCUACCUUUGAAGGUGACCCGGAAACUGCAAUUAAUCCAGAAUGCGGCAGCCAGGCUGGUGACUGGGAGCAGCCGCUGGGACCACAUAACACCGGUCCUGAGAGAUCUGCAUUGGCUCCCAGGAUGUUUCCGGACCCAAUUCAUAGUGCUGCUUUUGACCUGUGAAGAUUUAAAUGGCUCAGGACCACAAUAACUCAACGACCGCCUCUUUCCAUAUGAACCGACUCGGACCCUGAGAUCACCUUCUGACACCCUUCUUUGUGUUUUUCCUCCUUGAGAGGUCCAGAGGGUGGCAACACUAGAACGGGGCCUUCUCUGUAGUGGCUCCACAUCUGUGGAAUUCUCUCCCCAGGGAAGUUCACCUGGGGCCUUCAUUACACACCUUUAGGCACCAGGCAAAAAUGUUCCAUUUUCACCAGGCCUUUGGUUGAUCUUAUUGACAUCCAUCCAACACCCUUUUAGAAUGUGGUUCUUUUUGGGGGGUUUUAAAUUGGUUUAUUGUUUUUGGUUUGAUUUUAUAUGUUGUACUCUUGCUGUGAACCGCCCCAAGACCUCCAAGUAUAUAUAGGGCAGUAUGUAAGUUGAAUAAAUAAAUAAAACGUCACACCUCUUCCUUGUGCCCUCAACAGCUCCUGCAAGCAGCCACAAACUACCGCAACGGCCACACAGGACAACUCUCCGCUGUCACAGCCUUCCUGCUUUUUGCGGGCUCUCUGGCCCGAAUCUUCACUUCCAUUCAGGUAGGCCGGGGUUCACCUGCCCAGGGCGGGUGGGGAGGGAAGAGAGACAUCAUUCAAGUACGUUUCCGAGCACAAUUCAGAGUGUUGGUGCUGACCUUUAAAGCCCUAAACGGCCUCAGCCCAGUAUACUUGAAGGAGCGUCUCCACCCCCAUUGUUCUGCCUGGACACUGAGGUCCAGCUCUGAGGGCCUUCUGGCGGUUCCCUCCCUGCGAGAAGCCAAGUUGCAGGGAACCAGGCAGAGGGCCUUCUCGGUGGCGGCUCCCUCCCUGUGGAACGCCCUCCCACCAGAUGUCAAAGAGAACAACAACUACCAGACUUUCAGAAGACAUCUGAAGGCAGCCCUGUUUAGGGAAGCUUUUGAUGUUUGAUGUAUUACGGUAUUUUAAUAUUUUUUUGGAAGCCGCCCAGAGUGGCUGGGGAAGCCCAGCCAGAUCGGCGGGGUAUAAAUAAUAAAUUAUUAUUAUUAUUAUUAUUAGGCUAACAGCCUCAGCCCUGAAGUAAAGGAAGGAGGUGUUGGGCUUGCAGGAAUUCAAACCCCCCCCCCCGUUGCUUUCUGCAUUGCAGUAGAGUGUGGGUGGGGUCUAGAUGUUGUUUUUUAAUUAAAAAACUGCUGGAAGCCACCUCGCAUCCCAACCUGGGCAGACAGGCAUCGGGGGGAGAAGUUGGGGUGCAAAUAAAUAAACAAACCUACCUCGUUUGCCCCCUCCCCACCCCGCAGGAGACAGGAGACCCCCUCAUGGCUCUCACCUACGUCGUGGCCUCGUCCUGCAACAGCAUCAUCACGGGACAGCUGAUUUAUUACUGGAACGUCCCUGUGGACAAGCGCAAGAAGGAAUAGGAGUCCUGGAGGGGUUCGUGACUCUUCCUGCCCCCCCUCCACACACCCCACCACCCUCCUGGACACAUCAGGAAAGGGCCCGAUUUUCCAGGAAGUUUUCUUUCUCUCUCUCUUUUUGCAUUCUGAGCCAAGGGACAGUUGCAGUCUUUUUCUCUGGGAAUCUCGUGGGAGUUGUACGCUGGAAACUGGGGUUGCUUUUCUUAACCUGCUGUGAUUCCCCCCACACCGCCAGCAGGGCCAAGGUGGGGUGGGGCUCAGAGGCCUAUGAGGAAUAAUUGUAUAUUCGGGGAGGGGGUUCUGCCUCCCAACUCCUCCCAGUAAACCCAAAUAUAGGUGGGAGAGUGUCCUGACUCAGUUUCCUGCGUUCUUCUUUAAUCCAGCCCUUCGCUCGGAACAGUGAGGACUAGAAUCUUGGUUCUCUUGCUAGGAGAUUUGGCCGUAGCUCAGCGACAAGGGAAGUCUAGUGUCCCAAUCAAGGGAAGUCAUGUUGUCGUUUAGUCGUGUCCGCCUCUUCGUGGCCCCCUGGACCAGAGCAUGCCAGGCCCUCCUGUCUUCCACUGCCUCCCACAGUUGGGUCAAACUCAUGCUGGUGGCUUUGAGAACACUGUCCCACCAUCUCGUCCUCCGUCGUCCCCUUCUCCUUGUGCCCUCCAUCUUUCCCAAUAUCAGGGUCUUUUCCAGGGAGAGCUUUCACUAUACGGACCUUUGUUGGCAAGGUCUCAGGCGGCUAAUCCUAGUCUUUAUAACCCUGUACUUUCUUCCAGAAGGCAGAAGCUGAAAGAGAUCAUUUCCAGGGUGCGCACUAUCCUGCGCUAUCUCUGCAGCUUUCUUACAGCACCAGGAAGCGUAGAUGCAGCUCUCAUACAUCACUAAGGGAAGUUAUAGUACCACUCUAUCCUGCCUUGGUCAGACCACACCUGGAGUCCUGUGUCCAGUCCUGGGCACCGCAAUUUGAGAAGGAUAUUGUGCCGAGGUGGGCAGCCAAGAGGAUCAAGGAGAAGAGGAGACUGGGAGGAGAUAUCUUCAAAUAUCUGAAGGGCUGUCCCAUGGAACAGGGAGCAUGCUUGCUUUCUUCUGCCCUGGACAACAGGACUCGAACCAAGUAAACACCAGGAAGAAUUUCCCCUCUGGAGGUUGUGUUCUCUCCUUCCUUGCAGGUUUUUAAGCAGAGGUUCAAAAGCUAUCUGUCAUGGAUGCUUUAGCUGAGAUUCCUGGUUCGCAGGGGGCUGGGUUGGGCGACCCCCGGGGUCUACAACCAAAGGACCUACCUUGCAUGCAGAAGGUCGCAGGUUCAAUCCCCAACGGUGCUUCCAGGUAGGGUUGGGAGAGGCUGCUGUCACCCAGUGUAGACAAUACUGAACUAGGUGGGUGCCAGUGCUCUGAAUAAAAGCCACUUCCC